AUGUCUCGCGUUCAGCUCCUUUGCCGGGCGCUUCCAAAGCUUUUGGCCCCUUACCCUCCCCUCGACACCUUCACUCUCUUCUCGAAGCUGCCACCAGAGCUGAGAAACAGGGUAUGGAAGUACGCGGCGGGAGAUCCAAGAAAGGUUAUCGUGAUCAUUGGAGUCGAGUACCGACAGAACACCGGUCAACUCCCUUCACCCGCCAUCCUUCGAACAACACGAGAGUCUCGCAAUGAAGCCAAACGUUACUAUACCCUCUGCGAAGACAUUGCUAGUCCACCAAACUUCUGCAUUGCGUCCAUGCGCACUAGAGAAACUCCGCCAGCGAAGCCCUACAAUAAGAGACCGGUCUGGAUCAACUUUGCAGUCGAUAUCUUCACAUGCGGACCAGAAGCAUUCUACCACGGUCGCGACGUCAAAACUCAGUUCAACUUCAACAAUACCGUUAUCAACCAAAUUCAACACGUGGAGUUGGUUUGCAGGAGGGGGAUUGACGAUUUGAAGAAGCAUUUGAACAACUUCAAAGUGAUACUUGUGCAGAAGAGCCUUGCAAGCUUCACGGCUGUCAUGUAUCAUUUCGAUGAAUCUGAAAGAGCAGGUCGGUUAGAAAGAGAGAUCGGGCUUCUGGAAGGGGAAAAGAAGUUGCUGGAGAAGAUUAGGAAGCAACAAAAAUGGGCUGGAUGGAGCGUGCAACCUCAGAUCGGCUGGAAAGUUAUCUAUGGGCCACAUAGUCGUGCUUAUCUGGACAGCUGA